GGUGGAGCUUGUGUGAGUCGCUGAGGUUUCUACUGGCUCGGAAUUCGACUAGUGUAUGCCUGGCUGGAUCGUAAGGCCGGCGUCUGCGAGGACGCGGCGUGGAGGGGAACGGCAGCCGGAGACCGGCUGGGCACCCCUUUCGGAAGCUGGACGGUCCCGGCUUCGCGGGUGUCGCCUCUCGGCCAGCGGCGGGGAUCAUGGCUUCGCUGGCGGACCGAGUACGGGGCAACGGGCGAAUAGCUGCUGGGCUCCUGUUUAAUCUGCUAGUGUCCAUUUGCAUCGUGUUCCUCAAUAAAUGGAUCUAUGUGCAUCACGGCUUUCCCAACAUAAGCCUGACCCUGGUGCACUUCAUGGUUACUUGGCUGGGCUUGUACAUCUGCCAGAAGCUGGACAUCUUUGCUCCCAAAACUCUGCCUCCCACCAAACUCCUCCUCCUCGCCCUCAGCUUCUGUGGCUUUGUGGUCUUCACCAACCUCUCUCUGCAGAACAACACCAUAGGUACCUACCAGCUGGCCAAGGCCAUGACAACGCCGGUGAUCAUAGCCAUCCAGACCUUCUGCUACCAGAAAAGCUUCUCCACAAGGAUAAAGCUCACGCUGAUUCCUAUAACUUUAGGUGUAAUCCUAAAUUCUUAUUACGAUGUGAAGUUUAAUUUCCUUGGAAUGGUGUUUGCUGCUCUUGGUGUUUUAGUUACAUCCCUUUAUCAAGUGUGGGUAGGAGCCAAACAGCAUGAAUUACAAGUAAAUUCAAUGCAGCUGCUGUACUACCAGGCUCCAAUGUCAUCUGCCAUGUUGCUGGUUGUUGUGCCCUUCUUUGAGCCAGUGUUUGGAGAGGGAGGAAUAUUUGGUCCCUGGUCACCUUCUGCUUUGCUUAUGGUGCUGCUAUCUGGAGUAAUAGCUUUCAUGGUGAACUUAUCCAUUUAUUGGAUCAUUGGGAACACUUCACCAGUCACUUACUGGCAGUAUACUAGAUCAGAGCAUGGACUUGGAGUUAAAGAGAUUCAUCUGUGUUUGGAUGCUGACUCUGCCACUUAAGCUCUUUGAUCUCAAGCAAGAUGCUUAAAGUCCCUGCACCUCUGCAAUUGUAAAAUGGGGAGUGGGAGUGCAGUGAAGGGAAAUGUGCGCAAAAGGUGUUAACGUAAAAUGCCUAGUGUGGCAUGGUUGGCAUAUAGUAUCACUCCCUCCUGCCCUUUUUCCUCCUAGCCUUAAGCAUACUGAAAGUGUUUACAAGGAGUUGGCUCCUUGGCACCUUCCGCAUCUCACCUCAUUUGCCAGGGAAAGUUUAUUAGAAAUGCCACUAUGCAACAUAACCAUAAAAAUGUUGUACAAAAGAUCCUCUCUGUACCUUGUUCUAAAUUUCAUUCCUAACUUUGUAUUUUAGCCCUUUGCUCUUUGAAAAGGUCAACAGGAACAGAUGAGAAAGUCGUGUGUGUGUGUGUGUGUGUGUGUGUGUGUGUGUGUGUGUGUUCCUUAGGACCUGCUCAGAAGAGCACGGUGUCACCAUCUUGUCAUUUUUAAGUUGCUAAAACCUACCUGAAGAAACUAGAACUGACCCAGCACUUCACUAAAGUUCCUUAGAUAAGUGCUGCUGUUUAGUCUGGGUUUCGUGGCAUUGUUUCCAGCCACCGGACGCCUUUGUUGUGUGUAUGUGCCUAAUAUCUAGCUUAUUACUCCUUUUUAUCCUUAUCCAA